AUGUCAGGUUACAAAACUGGAUUGUUGGGUCGUGUGAAAGAAUUUGCACCUCAAGUAAAGUGGACUCACUGUUGUAUUCAUAGGGAAGCGUUGGUUGCUAAACGCCUAUCAGAACACAUGAAAACAACUUUAGAAGAAGUAGUGAAAAUUAUAAACUUUAUUAAAUCACGACCUCUACAAUCAAGGCUUUUUGAAGUCCUUUGUAAAGACAUGGGAAGUGACCACGUACAGCUUAUUUUGCACACUGAAAUUCGAUGGCUCUCACGUGGAAAAAUUCUUCAGCGUUUUUUUGAGCUAAGAGACGAAGUUCGAGUAUUUCUUCUCGAAACCAGGUUUGUAGGCUUGUUAACUGAUUUUUCUUGA